CUCCUCGUCACUCGCAGAGUGCAGAAGCCGCACGCGCCGCUGCGCUACAAGCUGAGUUUAACUGACAAGGAAUGGGUAUGGGUACCAGACGAGAAAGACGGUUAUCUCGCUGGCUGGGUACAUCAAGAAGAUGAUGAGAUUGCAGAAAUGGUCAUGGUCCUCUGGAGGCGAGGUAUCUUCGUGUCAUUGCUACUCGUAACGUACCCUUCUGAGAUGAAGCGCGUCAGAUUCGUCGAGUCCCUUUCGAGCGUCGUGCAUAAUCUACGUUUCAAGACAUACUCUGGCUUAUUCUUGGUCGCUAUCAAUCCUAACCAGAACCUACCGCCGUAUACAGAUGCAAUUAUAACUCAGUAUCGUAGUAAACGACGUGAUGAGAAUCCUCAUAUCUUCGCGGUUGCCGAGCGCGCAUUGUUUAACAUGGGGGAGGAACGUAAAAAUCAGAGCAUUCUCAUAACUGGAGAAUCUGGCGCAGGGAAGACCGAAAGCACGAAAAAAGUUAUCCAAUACCUUUCAGCCAUAGCAACUGAUGCGCAUCCGCCCCAUUCUUCACAUUCACAUUCUACUUCCAUCUCAUCUUCAUUUCCCGUAUCCCCACCAUCGGGUUUGCUCGAGCGACAAAUUCUGCAAACGAAUGCCAUCCUUGAGGCAUUUGGUAACGCGCAAACUCAGCGGAAUGACAAUUCGAGUAGAUUCGGGAAGUUCAUUAGGAUUAGCUUUGCUCCAGACGGGAGUAUAGCCGGAGCGAACAUUGACUGGUACCUGCUGGAGAAGAGUCGAGUAGUGGCUCGGAGCGUUGCAGAGCGCAACUUCCACGUAUUUUACCAGUUACUAUCAAUAGUUGUUUCGGAUAUUCAUGCGUCUGCAGACACUCUUCUAUUGCAUCAACCUCUAGAAGAAUAUGAAUUUCUCAACAAAAGCAGGCGAGAGGUCGAUGGCGUCAACGAUCGCGAAGACUGGGACGCACUGAUAAAUGCUCUUGAUAUUGUUGGGUUCACGGUUGCCGAACAAUUCGACCUUUUUCGCAUCCUCGCGGCAAUUCUCCAUAUCGGAAACAUCGUCAUCCGCUCUACGAAGGCGAGGACGCGACAACAGUCUCUUGCCGAACUCGCGUCCUUGAGCAAGUUGUUGUACGAGAAGUCCUUCAGUGCGCUGGUCGAGCGCAUCAACCGUGCACUAGAUCGUCCGUCCUCUAAGUCGACAUUCAUUGGCGUUCUCGACAUUUCAGGUUUCCAGAUCUUCGAUAUCAGCACGUACGAGCAGUUGCUUAUCAACUACACCAACGAGAAGCUGCAGCAGUUUUUCAAUCACCAUAUGUUCGUCCUCGAGCAAGAGGAGUAUUCCAGGGAAGGUAUAGAAUGGGAUUGUGUGAACUUCGGGCUGGACUUGCAGCCGACUAUCGACCUCAUUGAGAGCAGUGGGGACGACAUCGGCAUUCUCAGUUGCUUAGACGAAGGAAUGUAUCAUGCCCAAAGCCACCGAUCUCACCUUCACGGAGAAAGUCCGUUCGAUUUGGAGCGGAGAGCUGCGAGCAGGAGAAACCUCAUCCAGGUCGUACGAAAUAUACCCUACCGAAAUUCGACCAAGGCUUCAUCGUCACACACUACGCUGGCAAAGUCGAAUUUUACUGGAGUCUUCGCCGACAUCCCCUCAUCUUCCAACGCUGGGUUCUCCGCAGGGAAACAGCGCACCAUCAAGAGAGGGGCGUUUAGAACUGUCGGGCAACGGCAUAAAGAGCAAUUAGCCCUUCUCAUGGCGCAGUUGCAAGCAACACAACCGCAUUUCAUCAAUUACGCUGCAACGGUGUUUUGGAAGGCAUUCCGCAUAGCACGUCUUGGUUAUCCCAAUAGGCUCCCUUUCGUCGAAUUCCGCCAACGCUAUGAGAUCAUGACUCCAGGAGUCAUUCCUCGUGGAUAUAUGGACGAUCGUAAAGCAUGUAUUCGUAUCGUGGAAGAACCUCCAAGAUAUGCUUCAAGGCCGGAGUCCUUGCAGAAUCUUGAGGAGCGGUGGGACACCCUUUUAUUCGACAUCUUUUCGAGACUACAGGCUGUCGCCAGGAUGUUCUCCGCUCGAAGGCAGAUGAAGAAGAUUCUCCUUGAAAAAACCAUUCCAGGCUUAGAGUCAGGAUCAGAAGAGGCUGAACUCCCGCAUGGAUUCUUCGACGAUUUUGAUACACGCCCCUCACCUCCACGCAACAAUCGCACCGCUCGCACCACUCCGCAGCACCGCAUCAAGAACAUCAUUAACCGUUUCUUGUCUCGCUCCUCCACUCCUCAGGAUCGUACUCACAACCCUCGUAGGAUUCCCAUCGUAGACAUCUUCGCAACACGAGGUAAAUAUCGUACUGCGAACGCCAUCACCGGGAAAAGGCAUUUAGUGCAGCGACCACGUCCUCCUCGCCAGCAAGCCCACAGUCCUAUCGUUGAUGCCGGGACAUCUAAUGUUAAGGGUGGGGCCACACCUGCGACAUUGCUGACAACAAGUACAGAUGCUCAUCCUACAACUAGCAGACCCGCUACCCCGGACGCUGAACGUGUCCCGGAGAUAAGCUGCUUGGCGACCCUUGUCAGGUGCUUCCCGCGUCUCUCACGAACCCGACAAACAGGUCCUGCUGUUUCCCCCUAG